AUGGGAGUUGAUCCAAAUGACUUUCUUAUGGAAGAAAUAUGUUCGGAAAGUGAACCAAUUAGACGAACAAUCAACUUAAGUCAACGGGAGGAGAGGGAAGAGAAUAGGGAGUGGAUAACAAAAAGAGAAAUGAUUGCAUCAACCAUGUGGAAUGAUUAUAACACUCAAAGAAACUAGUAAUUGAGUGUUAAUUAUAUAUGUUUGUUUUUAUUAUGUCUUGCUUGAGUUUGUAUUAUCUUUGUUAUGUAUUUGGAUUGUUUGUUGACUUUAUUAUAAUUUCUUAUGUAUUUUAUGUAUUCUCUUUUAAAUAUUAAUUGUAGUUUUUAUAUUUAAUUUAUUAAAUCUAAAUAUUGAAUGAUUAUAUUUUGUAUAAAUUUGUAACCUUUUUUUUUGUAGAAAUGAGUACCACACAGAAUGAAAAAUGCAAGGGCAAGCACUUUACAUGGUCUAAGCCUAUGUCUCACAUGCUACUUGAGAUAUUAGCUGAGGAGGCACUUAAAGGAAACAAACCUUCUUCCACCUUUAGAGCAGAAUCUUUUGUUAAGGUGGCUACCGAAAUUAGUCAAAAGUUCAACGUUCAAUGCGAGCCUACACAUGUUGACAAUCAUCUCAAAACUGUGAAAAAAGAAUGGGGAAUAAUAACCAAGCUUAAAAAUAAAAGUGGCUUUGGUUGGGAUGAUUGUUUGAAGAUGAUUACAGUUUCGAAAGAUGUUUAUGAUGAAGAAGUGAAGGCACAUCCCAAUCAUGACAAGUAUCUCAACAAAAAACUUGACAUGUACGAGGCAAUGACAAUUGUUGUUGGAAAAGAUAUGGCAACCGGAAAUUAUGCCAAAUCAUAUGCUGAUGUCAACUUGGAAGAGAACACUGAAGAGCAAUCAAUUUCAAUUGAAAAUGAAGGGGAAUAUGAAGAAAUUUCUAAGGGAAAAGAGACAUCUUCCUCUAGUACGCAAAAGAGGCAACAUAGGAAGAGAAAUCGCAUGUAUGAAGAUGAUGGUGUUGAAAAGUUGUCUAAACAGAUUGGAGAUGUAGCACUUGCAAUUCAAAGCCUCAGCAAAAAUCAACUUGAUGUUAAUGCGUUGUAUGCGGAAGUCAUGAAAAUUGAAGGCUUUAAUGAGAUCACUCUUGGGGAGGCAUUUGAUCAUUUGGUCCAAAAUGAAAUGUUGGCAAAAGCAUUUAUGGCAAAAAAUGCUAAUUUGAGGAAAAUUUGGGUUCAGAAUUUUGUGAACCAACACUACUACAGGCCAGCUUGCUAAAAUGGUUUGACUAUGUUUAAAAUUUGGGUUCAGACUAUGUUUGUUAUUUGACAAGUAUGUUUACUUGUUUAAUUCGGUCUAGCAUAUUUAUGUUUGUAAUUUGAACUAAUAUGUAUGUAUAUGACAUCGAAACUUAA